AUGUUGCCUGCCUCUUUAACAUUUUCAUUAGAGUACGAGCAGACGCGCAAAAAACUGAAGGAUACGCAGUAUGAGCUCUCGAGCACGAAAACAGAGCUGGAGCGAAAAAUCAUUACUUUGGAGCAGGCCGCCAGGGAAUCAGAGAUCCUCAAAAAGAAGCUGAUGAGCAGGGUGGAUUCUUUGGAAAGCGAUCGACGGUUUUUGUUCGAGCAGGAAAAGAGCCUGAAUAAGAAGUACCAGGCCCUUGAAGAGUCGUCCAUAGAGUUCAAGACAUCUUCAAACGAAAUCAUCAAAAAUCUUCGAGAAGAGAACAUGGAUCUCAAGGAACGUCUUUCGCAACUCCGGGAGACGAGUCGUGCUACAGAAAGCGAACUUUCUCACAGGGUCAGAACCUUGACGGCAUCAUUGACGCACCAACAACAGACAUUGGCCGAGAGUCAGGGCACCACCCAGUCGCAGAGCAGCCUUGCGGAGGAAAAACAUCGACAGCUGACGGAGGCGCUGAUCAGGAUCGGCGAGCUCGAGGAUCAGAACAGGCAGCUGCGAAUCAAUGAGCAAGGACUGGAGGAUGUUGUCCGCGUGGAGAAAGAACUCAAGAACCAAGUCGCAUAUAUUAAACAGCUAGAGGGCAUCAAUCGGCAGUUAACGGCGGACUGUAAGCAUUACAAGGAGAUGUAUAGGAAUGUUGAAGUACUCAAGGAGGAGAAGACUGGAUUGGAGCAGAGGCUAAAAAUGCUGGAAAGUCUUCGCGAUAAGUGCGGUAUGCUGGAAGUGCAGAAGGAGGUUCUCCUCAAGGAGAAGGAUCAAUGGACCGCGUUCUUGGAGUCCUCCGACAUAACGGAUUUCAACUCGCCAUAUGAUCUCGCCAAAACCAUUGCUAGUCUACGUGCAGAAAAGGCAUCAUUAAUAGAAGUCAAAGGCGAGUUUGAGGCGGCCUUGAAAUAUCGCGAUACACAGAUCAAACAGCUGGAAGCGCAGAUCGAGAAACUGAAGUACACUCUUGUCGAACAGGAGGAAUAUUGCAGGAAACAGGCAUUCAUUGCACGACAGCACGAACGGUCCAAGGAGCUUGCGCUUCGUCAAGCUGAGAGUCUUAGGGAGCAAUUGAAAUCAUACGAUACCGAAGAAGCGCAGUUGAUGGGAGGGUCGUACGACAGCCAGAAGACAGCCAGGAUCGAGCAACUUGAAAAACUUGUUCAGGAAUAUCAUCAGAAACUCGAGAGUGCCAUCUCCUCAGUAAGCAAUGAAAUGCAAUCCGAGCAGCCAUCAGCAGAAUCCGUGAGGAGCUUCGAGUUACUGCGGGCAAUGCAAGAGGAGAAUGCCGCGACGUUCAGCCAACUGAACAACGAAAAGCAAACCUUGUUUGAUGUCAAGUUGCAGCUUGAACAGGAAAUCCAGCUUUUGCGAAAGGAAAACGCUUCGUUGGACGCCAAGGUCCUGGAGCACGAAAUGGCAAUCGGGGCAGGAGCAUUCAAUCCUGCGGCCUCGCGCGUUCUGGAGUUGAAGGACAGUCCCGCCUCGCGGCACCAAGCCAUCCGUCAACACAUCCUUGACUCUUUGAAGGAGGAGAAUAGUGCGCUUUUGAAGGCCGUAGCGCAAUUGCAACAUCAGCUACAGUAUCAUGCAGAAUUGCAGGCAAACGACAGUGACGAUCAGGAGGUGGCUCUUCAGGAUGAAGGACUUAUUCCUGCAGCCAGUUAUAAUCGUCUCAAGGCAGAUCAUGAACGGCUACAGGACGAAUUGGCUGAGAACGUAAAGCGCUCAAAACGUCUCAAAGAGUCAUGGACGUUGAAGGCGGACGAAUUCUUGGAUGCUGUCCGGUCCUUGCUGGGUUACAAGGUCAACUUUCUGGACAAUGGCCGUGUUGAAUUGAUCUCUAUCUACAGCCCUGAAGAUCAGCAGUCCUUAAUUUUCACUUCAGGGCUCCAUGACGAGGGAACCAUGCAGCUUGUGGGCUCUGGCAGCCAAAAGUACAUGGAAGAGCACAAGGAGACGUUUGAGCACUGGGUCAACCAACUGGGCAGCAUCCCUGCAUUCCUGAGUCGCAUCACAUUGGACUUGGUGGAGCAACAAGCGCAAGAGCAAUUGCAGCAACAGGAACCUCAGCGAGUAUUCCAGACGCCGCGAUACCCACGUCUCGAUGAGGACAACACGCAAAACUCUGACAUGAUGAUGGAUAUGUGA